AUGCUUAUUCUUCUUGUUGUCUAUUUGUGGGAUUUACUAAUUAUAAUUACAACUGCUGUUGCUGGUCAACAACAUUUACAUACACAAACAUUUGACAUUACUGUUGGUGGUGUGUUUACAGAUCGAGACGAAGGAACCGAAACUCAAAGUAUGGAAAACAUAUUUAAAUAUGCUAUUUUUCAUUACAAUCGUCUGGCGAAAGAAGCACAUAAUCUUCAAUUUAAAAUACGUAUGAAAGAAGAAACCUUAAGUUUAAUUGCCGCCGAAUCCGCUGUACAAACUGUUCAUGAUGUGUGUUCACUUGUACAUCAACGUUAUGUGCAAGGUAUAUUUGGACCUCCCUACCCUGAAUUAGCUACACUGGUUCAUUCAGUAUGUUACCAUGUCGAUGUGCCGUUUAUAAAUGUAUGUUCAUCGUGUUAUGAUGUUGAAAAUCCGGAUGAAGAAAAUAAUGAUUAUAUUGAGCAAAUCCCAAGACCUGAUAGCAUGUCAAUUAACUUAUAUCCGUCCAAUCAAGAUCUUAAUAUCGCUUUUCAUAAUUUAACACAUAAACUUCGAUGGACUAAAUUUCUUAUUAUCUAUGAUAUAGAUUCAGGUUUGACACGUCUACAAAAAUUGCUCAAUGAUCCUGGUGUCAAUCAAAGCGAUAUCCUUGUACGCCAAUUUACGCAUUAUAAAGAUCGUAGUGUUCUUAUUGACGCGAUUGGACGAGACAUCAAUAAUAUAAUAUUAGAUUUAAAUGAUGUAAAUACGCGUACUGUACUUAAAAUGGCUUUACAAAUGGGCAUGAUUAAUUCAAAUUAUCACUAUAUAUUGACAACAUUGAAUAUUGAUACAUUUGAUUUAGAAGACUAUAGAUAUAAUUACGUUAACUUAACCGCUUAUCGAUUGUUUAAUCGUCGUGAUCCUCGCAUACUACAGGCGAUGCAAUCAUUUUUUGCAUUUAAAACAAUGUCAAAUAAUGAAGUCAAUAGUCGACUGUUCACAACUUCUGUGGCAUUAUGGGCUGAUGCAAUACUUGCAUAUGCAUACGCAUACGAUAGAUUAAUUGCAUCGCAACUACGUCUUGGUGUUGAAAUAAUGCGACCGAAUGUUUCAUGUGCGGAUGGUCGAGGAUGGCCAUUGGGUAUUGAGCUACAUUCAAAAUUUCAUGAAAUUUCCUUUGAUGGAAUUACGGGCAAAGUAAAAUUCACUCCGAAUGGAGAACGAACCGGAUUUGAACUCGAUGUCGUUCAUCUAUCCGAAGCUGGCGUUACAAAAGUCGGUACAUGGGCACGUGAGAAAGGCGCAAAUUUUACAUUGACACCCACCGCACGUGGUGGCCUAUUCAAUUCAACAUUGAUUGUAACAACUAUAGUUGAAGCUCCUUAUGUGAUGUUUAAAAAUAAUCAAAACAUUAGUGAUUUAUUACAUCAAAAUUAUACAAAUAACGAUUUUGAAGGUUUCUGUGUUGAUUUACUUGAAGAGAUGUCCCGUGCACUUAAAUUUCGUUACAAAAUAAAGCCCAUAACAACAUUACGUUAUGAUGAUAUGGUUGAUGAAGUUAGAACAAAAAAAGCUGAUUUAGCUGUCGCACCAUUAACUAUUAAUUAUGCUCGUGAGAAGCAAAUUGAUUUUACCAAACCGUUUCUUAGUUUGGGUAUAGCAAUUCUAUUUAAAUUACCAAAGCCUGAAAAACCAGGUUUAUUUAGUUUUUUAAGCCCACUUUCCCUUGAAAUUUGGAUAUAUACAUUUGCUGCUGUAUUUACAGUUAGUUUUAUUCUAUUAUUAAUUGCUCGAUGUUCACCUGAUGAAUGGCGUAAUCCGUAUCCAUGUGAUACCGAAUACGAUAUUUUAGAAAAUCGUUUUACCGUUAGUAAUACACUUUGGUUUUCCAUUGGAACAUUAAUGCAACAAGGUUCCGAUGUAAGCCCAUCGGCUAUUUCGACUCGUCUUGUAUCCGGUAUAUGGUGGUUUUUUACACUUAUCCUUAUCUCAUCGUAUACAGCUAACUUGGCUGCCUUUUUAACUGUCGAAAAACUUGUUAAUCCGAUUGAAAGCGCUGAAGAUUUAGCCAAACAGACUAAAAUCAAAUAUGGAGUUGUAAGCGGUGGUUCAACAGAACAGUUUUUUCGAGAAUCGAGCAUUCCAACCUAUCAAACCAUGUGGAACUACAUGAAUAGUUAUCCAGAUGCAUUUGUUGGUAAAAAUCAAGAAGGUAUUGAUCGUGUCAAAGAUGAAUCCUAUGCUUUCCUCAUGGAAUCAACAUCCAUCGAAUAUACAGUGCAACGCGAAUGUAAUUUAACACAAAUCGGUGGUUUACUUGAUAAUAAAGGUUAUGGAAUAGGAUUACCGGAAGGAAGUCCAUAUCGUGAACGUUUUUCUGAAAUAAUUCUUGACUUACAAGAAAAAGGAAUUAUUCAAAAAUCUUAUAACAAAUGGUGGAAAGGUAAAGGAACGUGUUCAUCGGAGAAAAAAGAUUCUAAAGCAAAUCCAUUGGGUUUAACAAAUGUCGGUGGCAUAUUUGUGGUGCUUCUUGGCGGUGUUUGUCUUUCUUUGCUUGUUGCUAUCCUGGAAUUUCUAUGGCAUGCCCGCAAAAAUCAUGAAAAUCGACGACAUUCUGUUUGGUGGGAAUUAGUGAAAGAACUUCGAUUUUCUAUUCAAUGCGGUGCUUCAAAUCGUAAAGCACUUAUUGCUCGCCGGUGCUCUCAAUGUUCAGGUGAUAAUGCAGGCAUUGAACUAAAUGAACUUCGUCAGCAAAAUCAAUUAAUAAAUCGUUCGCAUAGUAAUCGCUCAUCAUUAUCGCUGGCACCGAAUCUAGGCGGUACUUUACAAGUUCCAAAACGUCGUUCAACAGCAGAACGAACGUCCGAAACCGAUAAAUUUGAUACUUUACUUAUGCUUGCUGCCGAACGAACAAACUAUCUUGAUCAGCGUCGUAAAAAAUAUUUUCACGAAAGUCACAAUGAACGAAAACAUCGUCAUUUAUCUUCAUCACCACAACGAAAAGAUAUUCCACUUGUAUUAGUUGAAAAUUACGGAUCCAAUCAACAGCCGACUUCACGUUCCCAUCAAGUUCAUUUUUCUACAAAUGGAGAUUCAUCUGCUCGAAGCAGUUUCCGAUUUCCGAAUACUGAAGAAGAAGAAGAAGAUGAUGGUGAUCCGAAUGCAGCCGAUAUAUCAUCAGGUUCAACAUCAUCAGUAAAUGGUCGUCCUUUACCACGUGUUUCUCGAUUGUGA